AUGAUCAAAAGUAACCUUGAUAAAAAAUGCUAAGAUAUGUUAACCAAUAUUAAGUUUGUUUCCUAACACUCUUUAUAAAAUGAUGGAAAAGAAAUAUCCCUUAAAUUGUUUAAAAAACCAGCAAAUUUGAAUUACUUUGACAAAUUUCAAAAUAAUGAACUUACAAUAGAAACUAAUGAAGCUAUGGAGACAUUAAAUUUAUUGACUCAUUAUAUCAAAACGAAUCAUAGCCACAGACCAGAUGAAGUCAAUUACUUUUUAGAUGAUACUCCAUCUGACAUUCUCUAAAAACAAAUUCCAGAGUCUUUUUAAUAUAAAAAAUAAAAUUUAUAGGGAAUUUGUCUUCGCAAUACUUGGUCAAAAGGACAUUAAUUCUUUUUCAUAGAUUCAGGAAGUAUUGUAAAAGUAUUGAGUGUCAAAUAAGGUUAUGCUACAAUAGAAUACUAAUAGAAAAAAGGCAUAAUUCAUAUUAACGACCUCUAACUAUAAUGA